AAACGGCUACGAUACCGACCAUGUCUUCUUCUGUGAACGGCCACGAUCUUAAUGCUCUCGAACCUCUUGACAGCGAAUGGGUACAACAACGCCUCACUCAGUUUCCUUUCGUCCGCAUAGAUGGCGUCACAAAUAUUCGUACCUUGGGUCCAUAUCCUGUACAAAAACAUAAUCAAGAGCAUGACGGGAGGUGUCUAGCAACGCGCCCCCGGCAGCUCUUUCGCAGUGCAGAGAUCUCCGGGAUCACUGAGGAAGGAAAGGCUCAGAUGAGACAACUUGGAAUAACAAAAGUAUUCGACCUGCGCUCUGAUACAGAGAUGGCAAAGUAUGGUACACCUGCGCCACAAAUCCCUGGUGUAGAAAUAAUACACACUCCUGUAUUCCAGACGGAGGACUAUUCACCAGAAGUCAUGGCCCGGAGAUUCCAACUCUAUGCAAGUGGGAAGACGGAGGCAUUUAUGGAACUGUACUCUCAGAUUCUUGACAAUGGUGGACCUUCGUUCGCAAAAAUCCUUGAACACGUACGAGACAGACCAGAAGAAGGCUGUUUAUUUCACUGCACAGCUGGAAAGGACCGCACGGCUGUAAUAGCUGCAAUCCUCCUAUCUUUAGCGGGAGUAAACGAUGAAGUUAUCGCCGACGAUUAUGAGCUUACACGUGUGGGCAGGGAACCCACUCGAGCCAAAAUAUUACAACGUCUCUCCAAGGAGCCCAUCUUCGCAAAGAAUAAAGAAGCUGCACUCAACAUGCUCACAUCAAGACGCGAGACGAUGUUUGCAUUCUUGAAUAUGCUCCAGAAGAAAUACGGUGGCGCAGACAGCUACAUACGAAAUUUUUGUGGCCUGUCGGAGGGGGAUGUCGAAACCAUAAGCCGGAAUCUUGUCCAAGACGCAGUCUUCUAACUGUUGGAUGCUCAUGGUCUGCGUCACUGUCAUUGACCGUUAUUUCAUAUCUCGCUGGGUUUAUAGAGGGC